AUGACUCAAGGUCUCAGGGAGACGGUCUCCAUCACAACCCGAAACCAAAAUCACUGCGAAUUGGCGACGUGCGCCGCUGGAGAAGCCAUCGGCUUCUCACCAGCGCUAGGCGUUUCUGUGAGCGUCACGGCUGUGCAGGGUGUCUCCGUGGACGUCUCCCUAGGCGUGUGGGCUGUGCUGGGUAUCUCGGCCGCGCUGGUCCUCUCGGUGGCCAUCUCGCCCGUGCUGGGCGUCGACCUGAGCGUCUUCGCUGCGCUGGGCAUCUCCCUCGGCGUCUCUCUGGGGUCGCCCUGA